UGCAUUUUCUAUGUGAUGAAGGUUCAUUGCAUUUCUCCUCCGUUUGCUGCUAGCUGACACUCAACUGCACCCAGUGCGCACCAGAGAGGAGACGCCGCGGUGCCGUGACCUUGGCCGAGGAGUGGCAAGUUGAUAAUUCCAUUAUUUAAGAGCCUUUCUGAUUUGGGGUGACAUGGCACAGGGAAAUAAUUAUGGACAGAGCAGCAAUGGGGUGGCUGAUGAAUCACCCAACAUGCUUGUGUACAGAAAGAUGGAAGAUGUCAUAGCACGCAUGCAAGAUGAAAAAAAUGGAAUUCCUAUUCGGACCGUCAAAAGCUUUCUUUCCAAGAUACCCAGUGUCUUCUCUGGGUCAGACAUUGUGCAAUGGUUAACAAAGAACUUAACUAUAGAAGAUCCGGUGGAGGCUCUCCAUUUGGGGACACUAAUGGCUGCCCAUGGCUAUUUCUUUCCAAUCUCAGAUCACGUUCUCACAUUAAAGGAUGAUGGCACAUUUUACCGAUUUCAAACACCCUAUUUUUGGCCAUCUAAUUGUUGGGAGCCGGAAAAUACAGACUAUGCUGUUUACCUCUGCAAGAGAACAAUGCAAAACAAAGCCCGGCUGGAGCUAGCAGACUAUGAAGCUGAGAGCUUGGCAAGACUACAAAGAGCAUUUGCCCGGAAGUGGGAGUUUAUUUUUAUGCAAGCAGAAGCCCAAGCAAAAGUUGACAAGAAAAGAGACAAGAUAGAAAGGAAGAUUCUUGACAGCCAGGAACGAGCGUUCUGGGAUGUACACAGACCAGUGCCUGGUUGUGUAAACACAACUGAAGUGGAUAUUAAAAAAUCAUCCAGAAUGAGGAACCCUCACAAAACUCGAAAGUCGGUCUAUGGACUACAAAAUGAUAUUCGAAGCCACAGCCCAACCCACACACCCAUACCAGAAACUAAGCCUCCAACAGAAGAUGAAUUGCACCAACAGAUAAAAUACUGGCAAAUACAGUUAGACAGACAUCGGUUAAAAAUGUCCAAAGUUGCUGAUAGUCUACUAAGCUACACAGAACAGUAUGUUGAAUAUGACCCCUUUCUUGUGCCACCUGACCCUUCUAAUCCAUGGAUGUCAGAUGAUACCACUUUCUGGGAACUUGAAGCAAGCAAAGAACCUGGCCAGCAGAGAGUUAAACGAUGGGGUUUCGGCAUGGAUGAAGCAUUGAAAGAUCCAGUUGGGAGAGAACAGUUCCUCAAAUUUCUAGAGUCAGAAUUCAGUUCAGAAAAUUUGAGGUUCUGGCUGGCAGUGGAAGACUUGAAGAAAAGAACUAUUCGAGAAGUCCCCACCCGAGUCCAGGAAAUAUGGCAGGAAUUUCUGGCUCCAGGUGCUCCCAGUGCCAUUAAUUUGGAUUCCAAAAGCUAUGACAAAACCACACAAAAUGUGAAGGAGCCAGGACGGUACACAUUUGAAGAUGCUCAGGAGCACAUUUACAAAUUGAUGAAAAGUGAUUCCUACCCACGUUUCAUACGAUCCAGUGCCUACCAGGAGCUGCUACAGGCAAAGAAAAAGUUGGGCAACUCAAUGGAUCGCAGAACAUCUUUUGAGAAACUUGCGCAUAUGUGGGCAGAAACAUCCCUAUUUUCCCAUGCCAUAAAAACUGUACACCAACACUGA